GUGGACCAGCUGACGGAUGGAUCUACCUGGCACGUGUUGGCGCUCACCGUCUGCCUAUAUGUCCUGCUCAAGCUGCUGCAAGGAGGAGGAGCAGGUGCAACAGGGUUUGUAAGUAACUUAAGAACCUUCCUAUGGAUCCGGGUCCAGCAGUUUACAAACCGCGAGGUACAGAUCCGCCUGUUUGCCCACCUGCACUCGCUGUCGUUACGCUGGCAUCUUGGACGUAAGACAGGGGAGGUACUCCGUAGUGUGGACAGAGGGACCAGCAGCAUCAACAGUCUACUGAGUUACAUAGUGUUCAGUAUACUUCCAACCAUUGCCGAUAUUGUCAUUGGGAUCGUCUAUUUCACGUCUUCCUUCAACGCCUGGUUUGGGUUGAUCAUUUUCGUCUGUAUGACUUUAUAUCUGACUCUCACCAUCAUUAUCACAGAAUGGAGAACGAAAUACCGCCGGGAUAUGAACACCAGAGACAAUGAAGCCAAAUCCCGGGCUGUAGACUCUCUGCUGAACUUUGAAACGGUGAAAUAUUAUAAUGCUGAAGACUAUGAGGUGAACCGAUUCAAUGAUGCCAUACUGAAAUACCAGGUGUCAGAGUGGAAGGUUAAUGCUACGUUGGCAUUUUUAAAUCAGACCCAGAACCUUAUCAUUGGGCUGGGGCUAUUGGCUGGCUCAUUGCUGUGCGCCUACUUUGUCACUGAAAACAAGUUUAAAGUUGGUGACUAUGUGCUUUUUGGUACCUAUAUCAUCCAACUUUACACACCACUCAACUGGUUUGGUACCUACUACAGAAUGAUUCAGAAUUCAUUCAUCGACAUUGUUAUAAUAUAUUGCACUGUUUGCCUUUUUUUUUUUCAAUUCAGCUCUAUGCAUUGCGAAGCGCUGUGGUUCCGCCAUGGAAAAAUUGAGUUUGAAAAUAUCCAUUUCAGCUAUACAGACGGUCGUGAGAUCCUGCGAGAUGUCUCUUUCACCGUGAUGCCGGGGCAGACUGUGGCGCUGGUGGGGCCCUCAGGCUCAGGAAAAAGCACAAUUAUACGUCUUCUCUUCCGCUUUUAUGAUGUGAAAGGAGGCAGCAUCCGGGUUGAUGGGCAGGAUAUUUCCACGGUUCUGCAAGCCUCUCUUCGCUCCCACAUUGGGGUGGUGCCUCAGGACACAGUGCUGUUUAAUGAUACUAUUCGGAAUAAUAUCCGCUAUGGGCGUGUCAGCGCCAGCGACGAGGAGGUGGAGCAAGCAGCAAUUGCGGCCGAUAUUCACGAACGGAUACUCUCCUUCCGUGAUGGAUACGACACACAAGUCGGGGAACGGGGUCUGAAGUUAAGUGGUGGAGAGAAGCAACGAGUCGCCAUUGCACGAACCAUUCUAAAGGGGCCACAAAUCGUCCUUCUAGAUGAGGCCACGUCAGCACUAGAUACUGAAACAGAACGCAACAUCCAAGCAUCUCUGGCCAAAGUCUGCGCCAAUCGCACUACAAUUGUUGUCGCUCAUCGACUCUCCACCGUGAUCAAUGCAGAUCAGAUCCUGGUUCUGAAAGAAGGACAAAUUAUAGAAAGAGGAAGACAUGAGGAGCUCCUCGCUAAAGGAGGGAUCUACGCAGGAAUGUGGCAGAAGCAGCAGAGCAGCAAUGAGUCCUCCUCUGACUCCGAUACCGAGAGGAAAGACAAAACCUCAGAGAAACUGCAACAGCCCAAGCCGGCUCUAAGGAAACCUCACUAG